CAGUGCCUACAACAAACACGAACAGGACAGAAGGAAACGGACACCUGGAAAAAACCUUACUGGAUUACAUCAUUAAACAAAUCACAUUGUUUUCAUCACAACCUUUCGAUUGUCUCAUAAGGAUGGCAGAUGUGGAAGGAAAAACGCAUACCUGUGGGACGAUAUGCCUCAAAUAUCUUCUGUUCGUCUUCAAUCUUUUCUUUUUGUUGGCAGGGGGCGCUGUGAUGGCGGUGGGAAUAUGGACUUUGGUGGAUAAAAGCGACUAUAUCAGCCUUCUGUCCUCCAGCACUUACAUGGUGGCAGCCUACAUCCUGAUCGGUGCAGGGGCCAUCGUCGUGGUUACAGGGAUGUUGGGCUGCUGCGCCACCAUCAGGGAACAAAGAGGUCUGCUGAUAGUGUUCUUCAUUUUGUUGCUGUUAAUCUUUUUACUGGAGAUCACAGCUGGAAUUUUGGCCUAUGUUUAUUAUCAGGAGUGUUUUCCUCUCUGCUACCAGCUGAACGCUGAACUGAGGGCCGAUCUGAAAGAGAGGAUGAUCCAAAACUACCAGCAGCCGGGUCAAGAGCAAAUCACCAGAGCCGUGGACAGACUCCAGCAAGAAUUCAAGUGUUGUGGUAGUAACAGCUCAGCUGAUUGGAGGGAAGGUGCUUGGAUACAGACAUAUGCUGACAGACGACUGGUGCCUGACAGCUGCUGUAAGACCCCCUCAGAGCGCUGCGGGGUCAGAGACCACCCAUCUAAUAUCUACAGAGUGGAGGGUGGUUGUAUAUCAAAACUAGAAGAGUUUUUACUUCAACAUCUGCUGAUCUUGGGCUCAGUGGGUCUUGGGAUUGCAUUUUUACAGAUUGUGGGGAUGAUAUUUACCUGCUGCCUGUUUCAAAGUCUGAAAGAAGAUUUAUACUGAACGAAGAGUUACAUGAGCUCUGUACCAACCAAAACACAUGCCUGUUACUGUAUACUUUUACCGUGUGUAUAUAUAUAUAUAUAUAUAUUAUGCAUCAUAAAUAUGUCAAAAUAUGUAAUGUGACAAUGAUGAGUCAAUAUGUUUUGGCUGCCGGACAGUCACUCUUGGAAUUAUUAAUGAAAACAUAGUUCAAACCCCAAUGUUCAAAAAGCAUCUACCCCUUGGCUGAAAGUGGUGUAUUUUUGCAAUAAAAUUAAUCAUUAGAAUUUUUUUUAUUGCUGGUGUCCCAUAAGAAACGAGUUUAAACCCUUCUACCAUAAUUAUUAUUGAUAAAAAAUAGUUUUACCUUUAAGUUUAGGUUUACUGUUUUAAAUACUUCAUAUUAUUACUAUUUUAAUUUUGAAGUUAUGCAUGUUUUGUGUAUGAAAGUUUUGUAAAUUAUUAAAACAUUUACAUUUAUUUAUUCGCAUGUGACUUUAGUGCCUGCCGUGUAACGUUACUGAAAUUACCAAAACGACAUUUGCCUGUAACAGAAAACGAUUAAUGAAAA